CUUUUAAGUUAGUUUAAUUGCGGCCAACGCAGAGUUAAGAGUCACAAGAAUGGGCCACACAAAUGAAAGGAUUAAGGACUCGAUCACCGCGGAACGAGUUGCCAUAUUCUUUGGCCUGCUGUCCACCUGUCUGAUCGUUGCUCUCGUAAUUGUGGUCGUCCAUAGGGAUAAUUUGUGGCUGCAGUUGGACGAAGCCAAAAGAAUGUUGGAUGUUCUGGAGGAAUACAUUCAAAGUCACUUGCUGACUACAGAUUAUGACAGAAAACAAUAAA